GUGGCCCCUCCCAGAGAAUUUUUUCGUUGCGUCUUUUCCCUUCCUGUCCUGCGAGCAGAGCGCAACACCAACACCGAGAUGGCGACAAAGGCGACACAGCGCGGCUUUAAGGUGAUUCUGGGCUCUCAGUCAAUGGCGAGGAAGCGAAUUCUGGCUGAGAUGGGAUAUGAUUUCAGUAUCAUGACCGCGGACGUUGAUGAAAAAAGUAUUAGGAAGGAGAAGCCUGAAGAUUUGGUCGUCGCUCUUGCCGAGGUCAAGGCAGAUGCAAUUAUAUCAAGAUUUGGGGACAAAAGCAAGUUCAUGAAUGAUACUCAGCCAACGUUGUUGAUUACAGCGGACACAGUGGUCGUCUACAACGGAGUCAUAAGGGAAAAACCAACCAGCAAGGAAGAAGCUCGUGAAUUUAUUAGAGGCUAUUCUGGAUCGCAUGGGGCUGUUGUAGGAUCUGUGCUCGUAACAAACCUCAAAACCGGUGUAAGAAAAGGCGGAUGGGACAAAGCAGAGGUCUAUUUCCAUGAGAUACCGGAUAAAGUCAUAGAUGACAUGAUUGAGGAGGGCAUAACGAUCAACGUAGCCGGAGGUUUAAUGCUUGAACAUCCCCUAACUUUGCCAUUUGUUGACACUGUGGUGGGAGCGGUCGAUACAGUCAUGGGACUUUCCAAAGCACUCACAGAGCAAUUCAUCAAGGAUGUGAUUUAGCCCAUCUUCUUCGCAUUCCCAUCCCAUCAAAUUCAUUUCACACCUUUCUUUGAAAUAAUUUGUUUCAGUUAUUCUAUGCCAAUUGUACAAUUCAAAACAAUGGGUUCAUGGAUAACCCUCAUAGACCAAAUAAUGAUUUAUACUCUCUUGAUCAACUA